CACGAAAGCAGCGAUUGGGGCAAAAACGCUUCGCUCCGCGUUGAUUGGCUGAGGAAAGAAGUGGCGCCUCUCGACGUUCUUGCCGGCCCCCGCGCGAAUGGUGGCGGAGCUUGUGAGGGAACCUGAGUGAGGGUUCCGUGCUUUUCACGUGCUGCCUCGCGUGCCCUUCCGCGAUGAUUAUAUUGCUUAAGUAUAUGAAACAGCCAAAAUGCCUGUUAGGCGUGAAGGACAGCUUGAAAAGUGUGUAGAUGAAGCUAUAAGAAAACAUGAUUUUCACGCAUUGCAACAGUUUCAGCAAACACAUUUUUCUGAUGAUAUGUCCCAUAAAUGCAGCAAGCAGUUUCUCAACAAAUUAGACAAGCUUAUAUGCCAGCAACUUGACAGUGAAGACAUUAACAAUGUUUCAACUUUGUUGAAUACUCUUCAGAACCAUGGCAAAAAUAUUAACAUAUUAGGUGAAGUUGGGUUUCCAGCCAUGAUUGAAUAUGGUCUUAUUCAAAAGAUAAUUCCCCAGGCCAAAGAGAUUUUGGGGAAAAAAGACAGUGAAUGUAAUGAAGCAUAUACUACUCUCUUUGAAGAUUUCUUUGAUGUCCUAAUGAUAGCACAUGAUACCAGCAGUGAAGGUAAAAUUCAGACACUUGAAAAUUUUUUAUUGCGAAUAAGUGCUCUUGCUGCUGAUAAAAGAAUUAGUAUUUAUAUUCAGCAGGAGGCAGUAAGAAAACUGAACACCAUGCUUAUUGCUAUGCCUCGAGAUAUUAGAAAGAAAACAAUUUCUACAAAGGAAAUGCUACAAGUCAUGAGUGAUAUGGGGAAAAGAAUUUUGGAUGCUGGGGACUAUGAUCUUCAAGUUGCCAUUACUGAAGCAUUAUGCAGAAUGACAUCAGAAAAACAAAGAAGAGAGCUGGCAAUCCAGUGGUUUCCAAUGGAUUUUGUCAGCAGUGCAUUUAAACAAAUUAAAGAUUCUGAGUUUGAAACAGACUGCAGGAAGUUCCUUAACCAAGUUAAUGGCAUGCUUGGAGACAAAAGAAGGGUAUUUACCUAUCCUUGUUUAUCAGCUGCCCUUGGUAAACAUGAGCUACAAAUGCCAGCAGAUGAAAACCUUGAAGAAUGUUGGAUUGACUUUAACGUUGGUAGUAAAAGUAUAUCCUUCUAUGUUGCUGCAGAUGAUGAAGGUCAACAGUGGGAAACUGUGUGCAUACCAGAAGAAGAUGUUAAGACCUAUAUAAUCGAAGAAAAAGAAAAAGAGAAAUUGUUAAUGGUACAUCUAAACAACCCAAUGUCUAUUGGUGCCCAGGAAGGUGAGAAAAUAAUCUUGCAUUUUGAUUCUGCAUUGGAAAUUACGGAUGCAGUAAGAAAAGUUUAUGAUGCAACAAAAUAUCAGGGGUUUACAAGGAAAAAUACUGUGUCAGUUGCAAAAACAACGGUUCAUGUAGUUUUUGAUGAAAGUGGAUCACAGGUUCUUAUACCGGAAAGUCAGAUGUCACCUUUGAAAGAGAAAGAAUGUAAAUUACAGCAAGAAAAAAAUAGUUGUUUCUCUCAACAUCAAUAUCCCCAGGCAGAGAUAAAUCUAAGUAAAAAAACAAUUGAGAUGGACUUCCAAACAGGUCAAUCCAAGACCACCCCUGGUAAAAGGAAAAUGUCUGAGGCAUCAAUGAUUGUGUCAUCCACUUCCAGGUUUUCUGUGCAGAGUCCAUUUCCUUCAAUUAGUACUUCAACUCCACGAAAAGGAAAGAUUAAAACCCCUCUUCAGAUGAUGAGCUUAGUGGAAAGAAAUGAAAUUUUCUCAGUACCUGAGACAAGGGCUAUGAAGGCUGGCCGAGAAGAUAAUUGUGCACCUCCACUUUCUGCAACCAAGGCUCUCAAUAGGAAUAAUUCUGUUCAGAAGCAAGUUCCAGCUGAGAAAAUGAAAAAUAUGAUCCACAGUGAGGAUGACCUAUAUAUUAAUGGAAAGCAAAAAUUAGAUGAGUUAAGUGAUAUUGUUCCUGAUUCCCAACCACCAAUACGCAAAAGUGACAAAUCAUUGUUUCCUGGCCUUUCAAACAAUUUUGUUGCUGAAAUUAAAACUCAGAAAAAAACUAAGUGCUGGAUACCUGAAACAAUAAUAACUCAAUGUCAGAAGAUUACUGCCUCAGAAAGUAUAGCAUAUCAAGCUGCUAAUCUAAGUGACAGAGCUGCUAAGCAAAGAGCUUUUGCUUCAAUAUUUGAAAUGACGUCUUCCGACUUAAGAAAAAAACAGCAUUGCAGUGGCAAAUUCAUAGAGGAGCAACACAGCAAAACUAAUAAAAUACCAGAUUCACAAAACAGUUUUAAGCAUUUGGAUGAGAAAAUACCAAAAAGUAAAAGCAGAAAGAGUGUUUCCAAUACAUCUGAAAUAUCACUUCCUGCUACCAAAAAGAAUAAUAGUUCUCUAAUAACUUCAAGGCACUCUAAAUCAAUCUCUGAAAUGAAUGAUCAUGAUAUUAGAUUGAAUAUAUCACCUCCUGCAAAAGAGACUGCUAAUAAGAAAACCGAUCAAAUAAAUUAUGAGAAGAAAACAAAAUCAAAAGAUGUGAUUGAAGCAGCAGAAAUGUUAAUAAACAAAAUCGGCAAAAGAUAUAAAGAAAAGGAUGGUAUAAAAAAUACAGCAAAAUUGUGCCAAUCAUUUUCUGAUAGGAGCGUGUCGUUAAAUAAAAUUUGUAGCGAUGAUAAGAAAAAAAGACAGAAUAGAAGGACUGGAAAUCUCCGAACUACACUACACAACAAUACUAAUGAACAAUCUGUGGAUGAUGUCUAUGACUUUAAUCAAAGUGGAUUUGAUGAACCUACAAUAAAGCUUGGAGUCCAGGAAUUAAAUCUUAUUAAUUUAGAAGCUACUGGUGUACUCCCAAAGAAAAUGACUCAGAAAAAUGAAACAAGCGUAACCCAAAAGAAGCAGGAAAAGAAGGGCAGGACAAAUAGAAACUACAAGCAUCUUUUUAGUGACACAGACACCGAAUAUAGAGGUGAUGAUACCAACACAGAUAUUAGCUGGUUAAGGGAAUCAAAUAGAAAGCCUAGACCUCAGCUCGUAAAUUAUGGCAGAGCCAGAAAACCAAGGAAGUCCAAAACUCUGAAACCAGAUAAAUUCUCUAUAUCACCAGGGAUGAGGGAAAUAUCUCCACCCACGAAAAGCAGAAGUAAUAAGAAUGAUAACGGUGAUGGGGAAAGAACACUACAGACUAGAUCAAAAAACCUCAGAAAAGCAGCACUAGCCAAAAAAUGUUACAAAGAACUCUCAAGCUCAGGGAUAGAGAGUGAAGAGGAAAUUUCUGAAUAUCUGAAUAAGAGGAACACUUCAAAUGAACGUCCAGAACAUAAAAUCACAGCAAAAUCUAGAGCUGCUAAUCAAUCCAAGUUACAACAUACAAUUGCCAGUGAGACAGUCAGAGGAAAAUUGAUAAAUCAGCCCGAAAGAUCUACUAAAGCAAAAGAUGACAUGAUAAAAAAGCAAAUGGAAUUACCAUCAUCUCCUUCAUCUGGGAGUCCACCUUUCUCUGAGAUAAUGAGAUGUUAUGAGAAACAUACAGAAGAAUCUACUGAAGAGCAUAUAUCAGUGAGAAGGUCAUCCUUAUCGUCCUAUCUUGAAGAAUUAACACCUGAAAAGGACAAAUCCUUAGAGAAUAUGAAAGAAGAUUUUACUAUGGGAAAAAUUAAUUCAGAAACUGAACUAUUGAAGGAUCUUCCUGAAACUGAAGAUCUCUCACCUGGGAUAAGUCCGCUUUCUUUGUCCAGUGUUAGCCCCUUCAAUAGAAAAAAAACAUUUAUCAAUUAUAACAAUUCAGAAAUCGCUAAGGACAAAAUCUGUGACGCUGAUGAAGCAGUGAGUGUUACAAGGGGCUUUUUAAAUAAAUCAUUUCAUACAGAAAUGGAAGAUAUAUCUGAAAAUAUCAUGAACAGUAGAAGAGAGGCUUCUUUACCUCCAUCUCAAUUAACCACACCUUGCAGAAGCAGAGAAGAAUUACAACAUGAAGAAUGUCUUACCCAUGUACAUGAAUCUGGACCUACAAUACAUCCUAAUUUCAAACGACUGUAUCAGGAAGAUACAGAAAAUUAUUCAGAUGAAGAAGAAAUCAGGAGGGAGGAAAGGAAAAUAAAGCUUCUCCCUAGAAAGUUAUUCAAAGCAGAUGAUAGCACUUACAGAGUAUCUGAAAGCUUAUCUACUUUUUCUGUCAAUGAGCUAUCUCUUUUUGAUGGGGAAGGCUGGGAUGCAGACUGUUCAAAUGUAGGUAUGAUUUGUCAGACGCUUCAUAAGGAAUAUGCUAGGAAAAUACAGGUGAAUAUGUUUCUUGGAGAUACAUAUUUAGUGUAUACUGUCUUUGUCUCAAAUGUGCUGGUAAUGAUGAACAUGUUUGUGCAUCGGGGUGGGUUCUACUUACCUUUACUACUGGUUCGCAACGGGAUCAUGUGCGUGAGCAAAAUGAGCGUGCGCGCCAAGCUUCUACGCAUGCACAGAUCGCCUAUGAUGACAUCCAGGUCGAUGGGCGGAGCCUCCUGCCGCUUUUACUACCAGUUCUUGCAAACCAGGGGCCGCCCACCACUGUUGUACAUGCGUGUGUGUGUGUGUGUGUGUGUGUGUAACAAGCAUCCAUUCUCUUUUAUAAAAGUUAUUCUUUAUAAUCUCAUUGUAAGGUCAUAUUUCCAUGUCUAUUCAGAAUAUUACAGAAACUUGAAUUUAUUAUUUUUGCUCACAGACUUUUCUAUAGCAAGAAUAUUUAAAAAAUCAGUAGUUUUUAUUUUACUAGAUGUUUUCUGGUUUGUUUUUCUAUACUCUUUAAAAUGAUUACUGCCAUGUAUAUAUGUGCUUUCUCUCGCUCUCUCAGAAUAGAAUAGAAUAGAAUAGAAUAGAAUAGAAUAGA